CGGCCGGCAAGGAUUUCAAACAAUAAAACUACUGAGAAACUACGGGGAGGCUACAGUUUCGUGAAUUUUGAAUUGUGGAAGCCUUGGGUAUUUUUCAUUUUUUGAAGAAUUAGACUAAAAAAAGGGGGAUUUAUCCCCCUCCUCCCCGGACACACAAUCCACGCACGAAGUUGAAGCGCCUAAAAUUUGAGAAACUUCUUUUUUUUUUUCUUCUUUUUUUUUUAUCCUCCAGUCUUGUGGAAUCGAUAUUUCAUGACCAUGAGUCUCAUCACUGAGCCGCUUGAAAUUGCUGGAAAUGAACUGAUUCCCAUUCUGGGCACCACCCAGGAUCGUUGCGGUGGCUGUGUUGUACUGGACUGUAGACCUUUCCUCGCCUUCUCCUGGGCGCACAUACGCGAGUCCCGGAACGUGAACUGGAACUCGAUGCUCCGCCGGAGGUCCAAGAGCUCGGUGGUCUGUCUGGAGUGGCUGAUGCCGGACAAGGCCCUGUCAGGCCGGCUGAGACGGGGCGACUUCUCCGUGGUGGUGGUGGUGGACGAGAACAGCCGCUCCGCGGCCGACCUGAAGGCGGAGAGCUUGGCCAGCAUGCUCCUCACCGCGCUCCAAGCAGAAGUUCCGAGGAACUGCGUGCAGAUCUGUUUUCUGCAAGGUGGCUUUGCAGGCUUCUCCGGGGCCUAUCCGGAGCUGUGCUACACCUCCCCCGGCAGCAACGUCUCUAGCGGGGACUCGGAGUCUACGGGGACAGACCACGUGACGCCGCUGUACGAUCGGGAGGGCCCCGUGGAGCUGCUGCCCUUCCUGUUUUUAGGCAGUGCCGUCCACUCGUCGCGCAGAGAGACGCUGGCCGCGGCCGGCAUCACGGCCGUGCUGAACGUGUCCUCCUCCUGCCCCAACCUGUACGAGGAGGAGCUGCUGUACCUCCGCCUCACCGUGGAGGACAGUCUGGCGGCGGACAUCAGAGCCUGCUUCGCUGAGGCCAUCGCUUUCAUCGACUCGGUGAAGGAGCGCGGAGGACGGGUGCUUGUGCACUGCCAGGCGGGCAUCUCCCGCUCCGCCACCAUCUGCCUGGCCUACCUCAUGCACACGCAGCGCGUCAGGCUGGAGGAGGCCUUCGACUUUGUGAAGCAGCGCCGUCAGAUCAUCUCCCCCAACCUGGCCUUCAUGGGGCAACUGCUGCAGUUUGAGACGGACGUUCUCUGCCGGGGAUGAAGGAGGGGAGGGCGCAGGACAUAUUCUACUGUACGGGACAUUCUCCGUCCGUCUCCCGUGGUUGGGGCCAAGGGGCGGGGGUGCGGUGUACGACAGCCAUGACAGACUAAAGACGAUUCUUUGCACUACUACAUGAAACUGUUUUGUGGUUUUUCUUUUUAAAUAAAAAAAACAGAACUCCAGGGGAGUGUACUUCCCAUAGACCAGGUAACAUACAUUCAGAGACGAGCUUCUCGGUGAAAUGUGAAUCCCAACCUCAAGAAACUGAGAAUAUGGUUUAGUGAGUGCAGCAAGCAGCACACAAGAGCCGAGCCAAACUACAGCAAUAUGAACGCCUGAGCCGUGCCAGACUACAUCCAGUCUCUCCCUGAGGUGGUCGGAGGGGAAUCGUGUGUGUGUGUGUGUGUGUGUGUGUGUGUGUGUGUGUGUGUGUGUGUGUGUGUGUGUGUGUGUGUGUGUGUGUGUGUGUGUGUGUGUGUGUGUGUGUGUGUGUGUGUGUGUGUGUGGUUUUUGCUUGGUUUAUGUGCCUUAUUUUUAUUGUUUUUGUAAUUGCAUGAUGAACUGACUGAAGAAGUCCUUGUUACCAAACGAUGCAGGGAAACCAGUGUGAUGUGAUGUGUCUUUAUGAGACUUGUGUUUUUUUACGAGGGCGGCGCUGGAUAAAAUCUCAUAUCCUUUGUCCUAAUAGAUAAAUGCAAUCAUGCGAGAUGUAUGCUGUCUGAUUGUAAGAACCCUGUUUAGAUGUUCAUGUUUUUAUCGUGUUCGUAGUGUUUUCUUUUUUUUUUACUAAUUUAUUUUGAUAUCGGCUGUGACGGUAUAACCAUUGUUACUGUCAGCUGUUGCACUUUAUUCAUAGGCGGUUUGGGUCUCCCCCCUGUUUUAUUCACCGAAAUUAAACACGCUGGGAAAACAAAUACAGAUUCUUUACUGUGGAUCUUUUGCCUCCGAUAUGACAAAUAUGGCCAUAUGACUUCCUGUAGGCCUUCCCUGGAAAGUAGAAGUUGGCAAACAGUAGGAGUCACGCCAGUGUUCAGGUCUUCAUCUCGAUGUACUCUCCAUUAAGAAAGGUCAGGAAAUGUUCCACUCGUCCUUCUGUACCCUUUCCCCCCCCCCAAUUUAUAGGUGAAAUUAAAGGACCAUCAA